GUGGUUUAAGACAUGCCUCUGCCAGUAUAAAAGGCCUUGAAGUAUAUGGACAAUUGAAGUUUGAAGGAGGAGUACAUCGUGUUCAGCGCGUGCCAAAGACUGAGAAGCAAGGCCGCAUUCAUACCAGCACAAUGACUGUAGCAAUAUUACCACAGCCGAGUGAGAUAACUCUGACAAUUAAUCCUAGAGACUUACGUAUUGAGACUAAAAGAGCCAGUGGAGCUGGUGGCCAGCAUGUGAAUACUACUGAUAGUGCUGUGCGGAUUGUCCAUAUUCCCUCAGGUGUAGUAUCUGAAUGUCAGCAAGAAAGGUCUCAAAUUAAAAAUAAAGAAAAAGCUAUGGAGCUUCUUCAUGCUAAAUUAUAUAGCAUCAGACUUGAAGAACAAACAGCAAAGAUACAUACUGCCAGAAAGAUUCAGAUUGGGACUAAAGGAAGAUCAGAGAAAAUCAGAACUUACAAUUUUCCCCAGGAUCGGGUUACUGACCAUAGAAUAGGCAAGACAGUACAUCACAUCGAAAGAUUCAUGCUGGGGGAAGAACUGUUAGAUGAAAUGAUACAGUCAUUAAGAAAAUACAGUGAAUAUGAAGUGUUAAUGGAAGUUAUUUCAGAAAACGAUGCAAGCAGACCAAAAUGAUCUUCAUCACAUCCUAGACCAUAGGUAUGAAAGUGCUUUCCAAAUUAAUUCACUGCAUAUCUGUUUGCUUGCACAGAAUUGAUUUACAGUCCCAUACAAUACUGCAUGUCAAUUUAUUUUGGUACUGCUCAAGACCCAAACAACAUAUAUUGAUUACCUCUAAUAAGGUUGAAUGCACCUUACCCCAUGCCCUGGGAUAAUAGCCAGGUAUUUAAAGCCUUCCUAAAUGCCAUCAUGAUACGAGCUGUCCAUAGCUUAAGGGGACUUCAUUCCACAGGACAGGUGCCACAACAUGCUUCCCGGGUCCUGAAAAAUAACACUGAUCAAAGGGACCUGGAGCAUGCCCACUUGUUGGCUCUUACUGGACAGAAACCACAGGAAACAGGCAGCCCC